AUGCUGCCUUGCAUUGCCCGUUCGUUGCAGAGGCUAAACCCAAUCCUGACGAGCGCGCGGCAAGGCGGGUCCAGCCAGGCGCAACCGGCGCCGACCAGGGGCUUUUCUGGCAUGAGUCGACGAUUCUUGUAUUCUCCUGCAGGGUUUUCAUCGAUCCGCCCUAUCCGGCCCCGGCCCCGCUCUAUACUGGUCAGGCGGCUCUCAUCACUGCAGCCGACCAUCUCGGAUCCGUGCCGAUACUUUAAUGAUUGUCAGCAAGAGUCGGCGAGGAAUAAGGCCGCUCGCCGUGGGCCCGAUCAAAGUCUAGCCUUCAAUUCCCUUCAUUUCACUGCCAACAUCCAUAGCAUGUCUUCGCAGCCAGUGCCUGAAGCUGCUGCACCAGGAGCAGUUGCAUCCGAGGCCUCACAGGUGGAUACUUCAGGGGCCGAGGCAUCAUGCGCAGCGGCGGGUGAGAAGAUGGCGGCAGCACCGAGUGCCCCUGAACAGGAGCCCAAGCUACCUCCGUUAUCUGCAGCAGAGUACAGGGAGUACAAUCGCCUCGCGGAUAUGAUGACAUACUUUCACAACCAUUUCAAACAAACAUGGAACAUGAUGUACACAGCCGCAGGCAACAACCGCCGCCCGGCAAACAUGACGCUGCGGCAGUUCAUCGACACCGGGCUCGCCUUUGUGCGCCAGCUCACCAUGCAUCACAACAUCGAGGAGGAGCUGCUGUACCCGCAGCUCGCCGUCCGCAUGGACGAGUUCCGCAACCAAGACGGCAAAAAGGGCGGUGGUGGCAAGCCCAACCGCAAGCAGUCGGAGCUCAUCCGCCAGCACCGCCUGAUCCACGAGGGUAUGGACCGGUUCGAGGACUACCUGACGGAAUGCCGCCGCGGCCAGCUCGACUUUGACAUGGCCACGUUAAAGACCAAGAUGGACGACUGGAACGACGUCUUGUGGCUUCACCUCGACGCCGAAGUUGAGACGCUCAAGGCCGAGAAUAUGCGAAAGUAUUGGACGCUGCCAGAGAUGAGGAGGUUGCAGAUUUGA